UGCUAGGACAGUGGGCUGGUCCUGGGGGCUGUUGUGGGGUAGUGGGAAAUUUGAAGAACACCCUGGCUUCCUCCAUCAUGGCCAAGAGGGCAGAACUGAAGAAGCCAAACCUGAACAAGAACUACAAGUCAGUUUGCCCAGAGUUGAAGUCAGAGCCAACCAAAGUAAGAAGCGUUUUUGUGGCCAUGCCAGCAUCCAGGCCUGAGACCCAUGGGGAGGUGACCUGGAGUCAGGGGUCAUUUUCUGUUCCUGGUGGCCAAGAUCUCUCCCAGACAUACAAUUGCAAAGAAGUUAAACACAAAGGGCUGUUCACCAAAACGGGGAUGACACAGGAGCUGAAGAAUGAACUUAGAGAGGUGAGAGAAGAACUCAAGGAAAAAAUGGAGGAGAUAAAACAGAUAAAGGAUAUAAUGGACAAAGAUUUUGAUAAGCUUCAUGAAUUCGUGGAAAUUAUGAAGGAAAUGCAGAAGGAUAUGGAUGAGAAGAUGGAUGUUUUAAUAACUAUACAGAAGGACAGCAAACUCCCCCUGCAAAGAGGAUCAAAGGAGCAGCAGGACCUCAGGCUGAUGGGAACAGCUGACAUAAACCCCCAGCUCAGGCUCAAGAAAACGGAAGGAGCUAAUAGAGGAGCUAAUAGAGCACCAUUACCUCCUCACAAGAAGAUGAUGGAACUACAAAAAACAAAAAAGGACCCACUGGAUUCACUUCACCAGUGUAGGAGCUGUGGCGAGAAAUGUAUAUUGUGUGCCUUAAAGACCAACCGCAAUCAGGGGAAACGUCCACACCAGGCCUGGGAAUCCUUUUCACCCUUGGCAUCUGGAGCUGCCUUCUGAUGUAUCUGUGCCUCUUCCCUGACGAGACGGAGCAUGUGCUUCCAACCUAGAGCAGCCACAGAACCCACCAGCAGCUCUGUUCAUGCUUUGCCCACUCCCUGAGCUGCACGACAAGGAUGUGCUACCCCCUUCAACACCAUCCCUACCCAGGUCUCCACCCUGAGAUUAAAAAUCUGCAUUUAAAGCCAAAA